AUGAAGCCAUUUCUUGUCUUCCUCUUCGGAACCCUUGCGGCAGCCUUUCCUGUCGACUCGAUUGAGCUAGAUCCUGAACUGGCCCUCCGCCGUGUUAACAUCACUGAGCGCAUGCCGGAUCUGGAGGAACGUCAGGCAUCAGCAAGCAUCAAUCAGUUGUUUAAAAAUCGUGGCAAGGGCUACUUUGGUACUGCUACUGACCGUGGCCUGCUUCAGAGAGACAAGAAUGCAGCGAUCAUCAACGCAAACUUUGGCCAGGUCACGCCUGAGAACAGCAUGAAAUGGCAGUCUUUGAACCCAUCUCAAGGCUCAUACAACUGGGGCGAUGCCGACUACCUGGUGAAUUUCGCGCAGCAGAAUGGGAAGUCCAUCCGGGGACAUACUCUCGUUUGGCAUUCGCAACUCCCUCAAUGGGUGGCUAAUAUCAACAAUGCGGAUACUCUACGCCAAGUUAUCCGCACCUACGUUAGUACCGUGGUUGGAAGGUAUAAAGGGAAGAUCCGCGCAUGGGACGUGGUGAAUGAGAUUUUCAACGAGGAUGGGACACUCCGAAGCUCCGUUUUCUCCAGAUUAUUAGGGGAAGAGUUUGUUUCCAUUGCAUUUCGUGCGGCCAGGGAAGCCGACCCCUCCUGCCGGCUCUACAUUAAUGACUACAACCUGGAUCGUGCCGGGGUCAGCAAGGUCAACUUGAUGCGGUAUUACGUUGACAAAUGGAUCUCCGAAGGGGUUCCCAUUGACGGAAUAGGAACUCAAACACACCUUGGUGCUGGUGGAGGUGCUGCUGUCCAGGGUGCACUUCAGCAACUUGCCACUGCAGCGGUGACAGAAGUAGCGAUUACAGAGCUUGAUAUCGCCAAUGCGCCGACCAGUGACUACAAUGCAGUUGUGCAGGGAUGCUUGAAUACGCCAAAGUGCUACGGUAUUACUGUAUGGGGCAUCAGCGACAAGGUAAGUUCGUCCUGA